CCGCGCACGGCGGGCGCCGGCACGCUGCUUCGAUUGUUCGCGCGCGAGGCGUCCUCGCUCCUCCGCGCGGUCCCACUUCGCGUCGUCGCCCGCGCGCGUCGCGAGCCGUCCUCGCUCACCGCGCGCUUCGCGUCGUGGCCGGGCGCGGCCGUGGGCGCUUCGACGAGAGUGAAGACGAUGGGCUUCGAGGUCGCGGACGACGACUGGGACGACGCCGCGCUGACGGACGCGGUCGUGCGCGCGGAGGUCGACGCGAAGGCGUCGAUCGCGUCCAUGACCGCGGCGGCGCCGCUGAUGGACCGCGUGAACGCGUCCGUCGACUCCGUCGCGGGGCGAGACUCGAGAGGCGCGCCGGCGAAACCGCCGCCUUCGAUGGUGCCAACUUUGACGACGACGCGCCCGGCGCCGCCGCAGCCCGCGUCUACGGUGCCCCCUGACCUCGCGAACGCGCUCAGGGCGACGCUCUCGGAGUACUUCGGUCACAGCGACUUCAGAGAAGGCCAGAUGUCCGUCAUCGCCGCCGCGGUGAGCGAUCGCGACUCGUGCGUGUACUGGUCCACGGGAUCCGGGAAAUCGCUGUGUUACCAACUCCCGGCGUUACACACGGGGAAGACCACGCUCGUGGUGUCGCCGCUGAUUUCGCUGAUGAACGACCAGGUCACGCAUCUGAACAACACCGCGGGCGCGUCCGGGAUGGGCAAGGGCGACGCCUUCCCGCUCGCCGCAUUCUUAGGGUCGACGCAGACGGAUCGCUCCGUCGAGGAGAACGCGUUGCGCGGCGCGUACAGGGUCGUGUACGUCACGCCUGAGAAGCUCGUCGGGUCGUUCGGCGACGACACCGGCGGGAACGGGUACUUCCUGUCGCGCCUGAAGGAGAUGGUGCGAUCGAAGAAGCUCGGGCUCGUCGCGAUCGACGAGGCGCACUGUCUCUCGCAGUGGGGCCACGACUUCCGAACGAGUUACCGCGGUCUCGCGCGCGUUCGCGCCGAGCUCGCGCCGAACGGCGAGGUCCCCAUCAUGGCCCUCACCGCGACCGCGGUAGACGCCGUCAGGGAAGACAUCGCGUCCGUGCUCGAGUUGCGCGCGCCGUUCGUCGCGCAGAACAGCUGCGACCGACCGAACCUCGCGGUGAGCGUGAUCAAAAAAAGAGGCGGCGCAGCGGACUUGAAGCACGUCGUCGACCGCGUCGCGGGCGUCGCCGGCAGCGUCAUCAUCUACUGCCCGACGGUGCGAGAGGUCGAGCAAGUGGCGUCGCACUUAGGGAACGUAUUCGCGAGCCGACCGGACGGCGCGAAGAACGCGGUGGGGACGUACCACGCGCAGAUGUCCCCGAGCGAACGCGAACGCGUGCACCGCGAGUUUCUCACGGGAAGGCGCAAGGUGGUCGUCGCGACCGUCGCGUUCGGGAUGGGGAUCGAUAAGCCGGACAUACGGCUCGUGAUGCACUACGGCGCCCCGAAGACGAUGGAGGAGUACUACCAGCAAGUCGGAAGAGCCGGACGAGACGGGCUGCCGAGCAAGGUCGAGAUGCUCUACGGCGACGGCGACUUUUCGAAAUACGGAAGCGAUUUCUACGUCGGCGGAUUGUCCGAGACGGUGCGACGGACGCAAAAGGCGAGCACGGACGCGCUGGAGCGCUUCUCGCGCGAGCCGCUCGCGUGCCGCAGGGCGGGCAUUCUGGCCCACUUCGGCGAGUCCCCGCCGGAGUCGUGGCCCGACAGCCCGGACCCCGCGGUCGCCGGGAAAGUGUGCGGGACGUGCGAUACGUGCGUCCGCGUGCGUCGCGCCGCGGAGGACGGCGGCGUCGCGAAAACGCUUCGACGGGACAUGGCGUUCGAAGCCGCGCCCGUUCUCAUCGCGCUGCACCACGGCUUCGGCGGCGGGCCGGUGCCCAUGACCGCGCUCGCGUCCCUCGCGAAGGACGGCGCGGACCCGAAAACUGGUCGGAUGCCGAACCCGGCGGCGAGGACGGCGAUUCGCGCGAUCCGAGCCGCGCUCCCGGCGCCGUCCAAGACGGAUUCGUUCGUCAAGGAGAUGACGCAAGCGCUCGUGCAGGAAGGUCUGAUUCACAAGAGGACGGAAAAGGGCCCGUACUCGGCGUACGACGUGUACAGCAUCCCGCGGAACGGUCGCGAGGCUGCGAUCGCGACGCGGUGCACGCGCGCCGCGCUCGCGGCGGCGGCGGCGUCGCCGGUGACCGUCGCGCACGGAAAGGCGGCGAGGGACGCGAUUCGCGCGCGCGUCGGCGCGCUGCCUCCGAUCGUCCUCCCCGUCCCCGAGGGCGUCGCGCGCGCGGAGGCGGAGGCCGCCGCGGUCGCGAGCGCGCGCGUCGAGGAGCUCGUCAAAGCCGGCGUGGACGUGUCCGCGGUCCCGCAGCACGAGCUCGCCGAAGGCUCCGGUCCGUGCGUCAACGCGGAGCUGCAGUGGUUCCGUCGGUUGAAGUCGCUGCGCGACCGCGGCGACGUCGCCAAGGCGCGCGCGUGCGAAGAGCUCCUCGCGCGCGUCGAGAGAUGGCGCGACGACACCGCGGACAGGCUCAACAUGGCCCCCGGCGCGGUCCUUCCCUCGCACGUCGCGAAGCGCGUCGCGUACGCGUUGCCGCAGACCGUGGACGGGCUGCGAGGCGCGGGUGUGCGCAUCGCCGGCGUGGAGACGCUCGCCAAAGUCGUGCGCGACGCCGCGGAGGAGCUCGGCCUCCUCGGCGGCGGAUCAGGCGGCGGGGCGGAGUGCGCGUCUUCGGGCGGCGGAUCAGGCGGCGCGAUGCGACUCGGCGUCGUGAAGGGCGCGCCGUGGGCGUUCGCGGUGUACAAGCCGAAAAAGAAGAAGGGCUGCCCGGACGAGCCGCCGGCGUGGGAGGUCUCCUGGACCCGGUUCGCGCGCGGCGAGUGCGUCGAGUCGAUCGCGAUGACGCAGGCGAGCGGGAAGAGCCUCCAGCCGAGCACCGUCGGCGGGCACGUCAUGGAGGCGCUCGUCCACGGCCGCGAGGUGGACCUCGCGCGGUUAUACCCGAACGCGGGGGACGCGCGGUAUCACUUCGCGUCCGAGCGCGAAUGGCGCGAGCUCGACGACGCGUGCGCGGUGGCGGGCGCCGAUCCCGUCGGGGACCCGGCGGCGUUCAGCGCGCGGGAGAUCGUUCGCGUCCUCGUCGGCGCGGACGUCGCGGAUAAGGACCGCGCGCUGAAGACGCCGGAGGAGCAGGCAACGCAGACGCGGUGGUACUGUAAGAUAAAGACGUACGCCGCGCUGAAACGCGCGGGGGUGGCGCCGAAGUGGGACGGCGACGGCGGCGGGGGAGGUCCGGACGCGAAACGCCGGCGGGUCGACUGACGACGACGACGCGCGACACACUGAACGACGGAACGCGCGCUGCGCUCGCUUUGUUAUUACUUCCAACGCGCGACGGACGCGACGCGUUCUCU